AAGUCAUUUCGCAAUUUAAGAAACAUGGCAACGAACUUAUCCAAACAAGGAAUAUACGGUUCUGAGGCACAUGGAUUUAAAGAAGCCGAGUUCACGGGUACUGGAAUGGGAAAUGCUUAUUAUUUUUCGCGG